AAAGUCUCGGUCGGGAGAUCCACAGCAGCACGGCUUCCCACGAUCGACCAGCGAGCCAGUCAGUGAUCAUUCGAUAUUGUUGCCUGGCGGACGUAAACCACAGCAGCCAGAGAACUAGCGCGAGACAGCAUAAGACGUUCGCGAGUUUCGACGGUGGAAGAUAGCGGGGAAUAACGAAUAAGAAUCAUAUUUUGUGCAGAAUACGUGUGAUCUAGCGAGCGAGAAAGAGAAAGAACCAAGAAAAUUUCUGCUUCUCGUUUUGGAAAAAUCAUAUUUGCCACAACAUUGAUAAAGGGAGAAAUCUAAAAAUUCGUGGGCAACAUUGCGAUCAGUGAACAAGUGUAGCAGCCAUCCGAAGAAAGUGGAAUUCCAUAAAGUGGAAAGUCUACAUAUACAGUUUCAUCCGACAGUUCCUACUGACGCCAGAUCUAAUCGAAUUGAACCGGAAGUGAAGUGAUAGCUUCAGUCUUGCAUGUGAUCUGUUCGAUAUACAUUGAUCAGCGUAAAUAAUAUUCAACGGGCAGAAGCAGCAGCAGCAGCAGCUUUCGGUUUCAUCCCACAUAACAGGGAUUUGGUUCAACUCAAAACACAGUAAACAGCAAACGCAGAAAUGAUUCACGUGGACGAAAGCGAUCCCGUUGGUGAUGUACCACUGUCAUUCCCUUAUCGUGAAGUACAAAUUGAGCGUGGAGUUGAUGCGAAACAGUUGUACGAGCUGAGCACCGAAAUCGGAAGAGGUAAGUUCGGAGUCGUACAUGUUUGCAAAGAAAAAUCCACCGGAACCCGGUUGGCCGCCAAAUUCAUUCAGAUCGUCAAAAAAGGUGACAGGCGGAACAUUGAGCGCGAAGUUCACAUGAUGAAUGUUCUACGUCAUCCCAAAAUUGCUCAGCUGUACGGUGCGUACGAAUUUGAUCGCACUUUCUGCAUGGUCAUGGAGCUGGUUGAAGGAGGGGAGUUGUUUGAUCGCGUGCUGGACGAGAAGUUCAUCCUGACGGAGAAGGCUUGUUCCAUUUUCAUGCGACAGAUUUGCGACGCGAUCGGCUAUAUCCACAGCAACAACAUCGUACAUCUGGAUCUGAAACCGGAAAACAUUCUGUGCCUCACCGAGAGCGGGAACCGGAUAAAGAUCAUCGAUUUCGGACUGGCUCGUGAGUAUGAUCCAGACAAUAAGCUGCAAGUGCUGUUCGGAACGCCAGAAUUCGUGGCACCGGAAGUGGUUAAUUUUGAGGCGAUCUCCUUCGCAACCGACAUGUGGAGUGUGGGUGUCAUCGCAUAUGUGCUUGUGUCCGGACUAUCUCCCUUCGCUGGCGAAGAUGAUAUUCAGACCAUGGCAAACAUCACGAUAGGCCGAUAUGACUUCCUGGAUGAAGCAUUUGACACCGUAUCUGAAGAAGCGAUAGAUUUCAUCAACCGGUGUUUGGUCAAAGAGCAGAAGGAACGAAUCAACGCAGAAGAAGCGCUGAAGCACAAAUGGAUCAAACGAAAGCCGCAAUACUAUCCGACCAAUCGACGACCCUCAAUCACACCCUUCAAACCAGUGCUAUUGGAAACUAACAACAAGUCCGAUGCCGAAAUCGACAAAGAGAACCUCAAAGAAUUGGUCUCCAAGUGGAACGAGAACCCGAACAAUCGCUACGCCUUCGAACAGGCGACGGAGAAUGUCAUCUCGCCCAGUGGAGAAUCGGUUCAAAUUCGACGACCAGAUGCUAGCAGCCGGCGGGGCAGCUUAGCCAGAGGCGACGAAGACCCGUUGCUACUGUCCCCAUCAUCGUCAACUUCCUGUUGUUCGUCUUCGUCACCACUCUCAUCGGAAGUGAGCACAACUAACCUGCACCAACCGAACAGUGAGAGUUUCAUCAAUUCCCCGCUCCCAUCGAACCUUGCAUCAUCUCGCCCCGCACUAGUGCCAUUAGAAGUAGUUUCUAACAUCACAGAUCCGAGUCCAGCCAUCAUCUGCGAUGGCCAAAUCGCCAACAACGAUAUUAGCCGUAUUUGCAAUACUAGCAGCAGUAGCCUUAGUAGUUGUAGUAGCUUUGAGCGAACAUCAUCUGCAGUUCAGCCAUUACAGCACGGAGUCUUAUCGCCAUCUAUUCACAAUUCUCGUUCAUAUUUCUCAGAUCAUCACAAUUCACAAUCGCAACCGCAGCAAACAGAACCGGAUAUGGUCAUUCAGCCGACCCAAGUCAAGGUAUGUGAUGAGUUACGAAUGCUAUCAAAUUUGCUAAAACAAUCUACCACCGUUCAAUAUAAGGAACCCGUGUCCGAAGUCCCCCAACCAUCAUCCCCACAAGAACCACAGACACAGAACAGUACAUUCACACCAUUAAGCCCCUCCACUCUCAGCACGGCCGAACUGGACACGGACCUGGAGAGUCUCAAGACCAAGGUAAAAACCAAAACGUCCAAAGCGCAGAACAAGUUGAACGAACUAGCGCAGCAACCGGAGUUCCUCUCGAACGAAACCUUCAAACUGCAGACGUUCAAGUUCCUGCCCAAGUCGAUCAGUCUGUGCAACGACGACUCAGUAUUCAAAGAAAAUUACACCAAGUUCUGUGAUCGCAAUGCAAUUAUCAAACCUCCUCACCUUCAAGAACCAUCGUCCAAGGCGAUCGAGGAAGUGACUUCCAGCAGUACCUCCACCACGACAACCGAAGUCUCCGAGGGUACCAAGGUGAUCGUAACGAAAACAACUAAAAGCACAAAAACGGCAGCGGACGGCACGAAAUCCGUCACCAUUCGAAAGACAAUCGUUAAGCAAAAGAAGAUCGCCGAAGAAGACACCGAGAAAGGUAAGCUCAAGUCCCAGGGCAGUCUAACGCAACAGGAUCAAGCCACGGUGAAACGGACCAAGUUCCGCGUGAACCAAAUGAGCAGCCGAGACGUUCCGGUUGCGAUCAACAGCGUGGCGAAGCGAUAUCUUGAGCAGAAUCGGCUCAUAAGCAACACCGAGUCCGACACCUUUCCCAAGGAUGACUGCUUUGUCAAGAAGAUCAACAAGACCAACCUAGUGAACCACUUCCAGCAGCAAACGACGUCGCAAACCGAAACGGCGAACAAUUUUAAAAAUUCAAUGAAAACCCGCAGCAUUUCCGUUGACUGGGACACCGUGGAUGCGGUGGAGAAUCGAUCGAUGAAGACGAUCAAUUCCUUCCUGAGACGAACCUCGGCAUCCACUGCUGGAUCAGCCGUCAAACAGAUUCAAGCGCAAAUCGAAGCUAACAUCCACAAAUAACAUCAUUCACGGAACUGCACAACGCUCACAAACAUACGCUUUAAUUCCACUUAGUUGUCACCUUGUGUAUCCACAAAAAUAUGUGCGUGUUAACGUCUGUUGAAAGCAGCAAGUGUGAUGAGAAAGAUACAUUUUCUACAAGAGUCAUCUUUCUUACUAAGAGUUUUCUAGUCAUUCAAUGUGUAGUUCUGUCAUGUCAUCAAUAAUGACUCCAUAUCCAUUAUCAUUCUCCUCUCGCCUAAUCAUAUAUCUGUUUUUAGUGACAAUACAUGUAUGUACGUUGUCGCAGAAUUUUCACCAUUUAAUGAUAUUUAUUGAAUGAAUUAGGUUCAUGAAACUUUAAGAAUAUGUUUCAAAUGUUAUACAACUGUUGGCCGUUGAAUGAAGGGAAAAAAUAUUCUACACAUGUUAAGGUUUACAUUAAUAUUUAAUUACCAUAGUGAGAAAUCGAAAAGAUACUUGCAACGGGAUGAAUAUGGAUGCAUGUAGCUAAAUUGUAUAUAAUCAGUCUGAGAUUCGUCAAACCACUAUGAAUAAAAGAUAUUAAAAGUCA